GGCCAGGCCCGGGGCGGGUCGCUGCACCCGCCAAGCCUCCCGGCCGCCGGGGCUGGGGUCGCGCUGCCUCGGUUUCCCCUUCCCGCCGCCGCCAGCAUGGACGACGAGCGCAAGGACGGAGCCUACGGAACACCGCAGAAGUAUGACCCAACCUUCAAAGGACCCAUUUAUAACAGGGGCUGCACCGAUGUCAUCUGCUGUGUGUUCCUCCUCCUGGCCAUCGUGGGUUAUGUGGCCGUGGGCAUUGUGGCCUGGACUCAUGGGGACCCUCGGAAGGUGAUCUAUCCCACGGACAGCCGAGGAGAGUUCUGUGGCCAGAAAGGCACCAAAAAUGAGAACAAACCUUACCUGUUCUACUUCAACAUUGUCAAGUGUGCCAGCCCCAUGGUGCUGCUCGAAUUCCAGUGCCCCACGCCCCAGAUCUGUGUGGAGAAGUGCCCGGAUCGGUACCUGACCUACUUGAGUGCUCAAACCGCCACCUCGAAAAAUUACUACAAGCAAUUUUGCGUCCCUGGUUUCCAGGGCAACAAGCCUCCGGCCGAAGUGUUCCGAGAUGGUGAUUGUCCUGCAGUCCUCACCCCCAGCAAGCCCUUGGCCCAGCGCUGCUUCCCGGAUAUUCACGCCCACAAGGGGGUCGUCAUGGUGGGCAACGAGACCACCUAUGAGGAUGGGCACGGUGUCCGGAAGAACGUCACAGAUCUGGUGGAGGGUGCCAAGCAGGCAACUGUGGUGCUGGAGGCGAGGCAGCUGGCCAUGCGCAUCUUCGAGGACUACACGGUUUCCUGGUACUGGAUUAUCAUAGGCCUGGUCAUCGCUAUGCUGCUGAGUCUUCUCUUCAUUGUGCUGCUCCGCUUCCUGGCUGGCAUCAUGGUGUGGGUGAUGAUCGUCAUGGUCAUCCUGGUGCUGGGAUACGGAAUAUUUCACUGUUACAUGGAAUUUGCACGUCUGAGAGGUGAGGCCGGUUCCGACGUGUCGCUAGCGGACCUUGGCUUCCAAUCGGAUAUCCGGGUCUACCUUCACCUGCGGCAGACUUGGAUGGCUUUCAUGAUCAUCCUCAGUGUCCUGGAGGUCAUCAUCAUUCUGCUGCUUAUCUUCCUGCGGAAGAGAAUUCUUAUCGCUAUUGCACUGAUCAAAGAAGCCAGCAGGGCCUUAGGAUAUGUCAUGUGUUCCAUACUCUACCCACUGGUCACUUUCUGCCUUCUCUGCCUCUGCAUCGCCUACUGGGCCUGCACGGCUGUCUUCCUGUCCACGUCCAACGAAGCCGUCUAUAAGAUCUUCAGUGAUAAUAACUGUCCUGUUACUGGGAAAACCUGUAACCCAGAGACCUUCGCCUCCUCCAACGAGUCCCGCUUAUGCCCUGAUGCUCACUGUCAAUUUGCUUUCUACGGAGGGGAAUCGGGGUACCACCGGGCCCUGCUGGGCCUGCAGAUCUUCAACGCCUUCAUGUUCUUCUGGUUGGCCAACUUCGUGCUGGCCCUGGGCCAGGUCACCCUGGCUGGGGCCUUCGCCUCCUACUACUGGGCCCUGAACAAACCUGACGACCUUCCCGCCUUUCCCCUGUUCUCCGCCUUCGGUCGUGCGCUCAGGUACCACACUGGCUCCUUGGCCUUUGGGGCCCUCAUUCUGGCCAUCGUGCAGAUAAUACGUGUCAUCUUGGAAUACUUGGAUCAGCGCCUGAAAGCUUCAGAUAACAAGUUUGUCAAAUUUCUCAUGAUGUGUCUCAAAUGCUGUUUCUGGUGCCUGGAGAAGUUCAUCAAAUUCCUCAAUAGGAAUGCCUACAUCAUGAUUGCCAUCUACGGCACCAACUUCUGCACCUCAGCCAGGAAUGCCUUCUUCCUGCUAAUGAGAAACAUCAUCAGAGUGGCUGUCCUGGACAAAGUCACCGAUUUCCUCUUCCUAUUGGGCAAACUUCUGAUCGUGGGGAGUGUGGGGAUCCUGGCUUUCUUCUUCUUCACCCACCGUAUCAGGAUCGUUCAGGACACAGCGCCCUCCCUCAAUUAUUACUGGGUCCCUAUUCUGACUGUGAUCAUCGGCUCCUACCUGAUUGCUCAUGGCUUCUUCAGCGUCUACGGAAUGUGCGUGGACACCCUCUUUCUCUGCUUCUUGGAGGACCUGGAGCGGAAUGACGGCUCGGCCGAGCGGCCUUACUUCAUGUCUUCCAACCUCAAGAAGCUCUUGAACAAGACCAACAAGAAGGUGGACUCCUAAAGACAGAACCUCCCCCCCCCCAACAGCCCUGUUGGGCUUUAGAGAAGGGGGGGGGGUCCCAGCUUCCCAGCCCUUGGGAGUCUGAAAUCCUUCACUGCCCUUUCCCUCGCCCAAUUCUCCAUCAUUUCCUGAACCAUCAAUUUCUGGAAUAUUUUGGGGGGGGUCACCGCCCUGUGCCAAGGAGGUCCACCGCGGGGGAACCUCAUGACAGCCUCUUUGCCCCCCACCCCAAGACUGCCAGUUACGUGAGUCUGUCUGUGUCUCAUAUCAGGAGGUCUGCCCCUGGGGUGCAUCUUUAUGGCUUCUGAUCCCCCUCUUUAUUAUUAUUAUUAUUGUUAUUUUUAACGGUGCUGGGGAUCGAACCCAGGGCCUCAUGUAAGUAAGGCAGUGAGUGUCCUCCCGCUGACUUUCAUUCCUGAUCCCCAUCUUCAGGGAUACUGACUGGACUAUUUGGGCCCGUAGAUGCCCAGACAAAGAC